AUGGCGACAACCUGUCAAAAGAAACUAGUGUUUUGCACUGCAUCUCGUAAAAAAAGUUGACAUAGAGCUGCAAUAACGCAAUGUCACUGACAGAAAGUGGUAGGCCCGUGAGUUAGAACUUAGGUAUCAUAGCAACAAUGAGUGUUGAGCUGUCAACAACCCCCAAUUGCAACAGUGUGUGUGAUUUGAUGGACAACAUGUAACAGCAGCCACAUGUGAACUAUUGGAGAGAGAUGUGUCUCACUGUGAAUCUGACUGACUAUACAGAUCCUGGCAUCUGAAGGAUAUACACAGCAUAAAAUAUCAAGAUGAAGCCCGGUGUGUCAGAUUAUGUGGACCAGUACGUCCGUGCAGUGUAUGAUUUCAAUUCCACCCAGAGAGGGGAGUUAACUCUAACAAAAGGAGAGAUAAUUCGUGUGUCUUCCUUGGUUGACAAUAAUUGGCUGAGGGGAAAGAAAGGAGACCAGGAGGGAAAUUUUCCAGUGAGUUUUGUGGAGAAGGUCACUCUUCCAGCUGUACAGCUGGGUCAGAAAGUGUUUGGGGCUAUAGAAAACUUCCCUGCGCAACAAGAUGGUGACCUGCAGUUUAGGAAAGGUGCGGUGGUCGUGGGCCUGCGUCGGAUAGAUGAGAAUUGGUGGGAGGGUAAAGCCGGAGAUCACCACGGGAUUUUCCCACUGACACACGUGAUGGAGCUAGAGGUCCCUUCAGAUCUUCGUGAGAGAUCCAAAAGUGUGCACUCGUCGGAACCCAUGUUUGCUCGGGCCUUGAGGGAUGCUGUAGCACAGCUGGAUGGAGAGCUGGGUUUCCAGGUCGGAGAUAUGAUCACCAUCACCGAGGUCGUAGAUGAGGACUGGUACAUUGGUGAGUUGAGUGGACGCACCGGCAUGUUCCUCGCUUCCUGCGUGGAGUUAUUACAAGACACUACCGCUCUGGAAAAUUCUCAUCAGAAUGACCCUGGUCAGAUUUAUCAGGACCCUACUCCUGUGGGGAUACCACAAAGUGUGCCAUACCAACCCAUCUCCUCCAUGCAUAAAAGUGAUACAGACUCGGAAAGUCCAAUGGCUGUCAUAACAAAGGACUCCACCGUACCUUCAGAUGUUACUCCAUCACGUUCCACCUCACGCGAGGCAGACAUCACACCGUACGCACGCACUCUUUACCCCUUCGUUGGUCAGUCAGAAGACGAGUUGACAUUUCGUGGCAAUGAGAUGGUGUAUCUCAUACAACAUGUGGAUGAUCAGUGGAUUGAAGGCGAGUUGGAAGGGAAAUCAGGGCUGUUUCCCGCCUCGUAUGUCUCUAUUAUUGUGGAUUGUCCGUAUGCUUCUGAUGCGACAUCUACAGACAUAUCUUCACAGUCAAGCAUUCAAUGUUCAGCCCCGGAGGUGUCCGAGGUCAGUACAGAACCACGGUUGAGUGAUACAGUGCAAAAGUUUGGUGGCAAUGAUACCAGUGUAGGCCGAUAUGGACUGGUUAAAUUCACGUUUGUCGGGGAAAGUAGCGGGGACCUUAGUGUCAUGGAGGGUGACACUGUCCAUAUCAUAAACCAUAUUGAUGAUAAUUGGGUCAUGGCUCAAGAUGACAGAGGCAAGUCGGGGAUCUGUCCCAAAAACUUUGUGGAAGUCUUUGAUGAUAGCCCUGAUGUUCAGCCUCAAGGAAACUCACCAGAAGUCAGGCAGGAACAGACAACAGGACAUCAAGUUACAAAAACAACACAACAUUUGGAUAUUGAGACUUCAAAAAAUAAGAUUAUUGACAAAUCAACAAAGCCAUCUGUGAAGCCUAUGGUGUCUCCAAAGCCAGCUCUUAAACCUAAGCCAGCGUUACUUCCAAAACCGUCACCAAAGCUGAUGGGGUCAUUGAAGACCUCCGCCCCAUUGACAGUACAAAGUUUUGAUGAGAGUGGCUGUAUGCAAAAGUCUCCAUCCUCUCCAGUCCUAACUAGUGCAAUACUUCCUAAUGCAAGCUCAAAACCUAAAUCUUCAUCUACCUGUGAACUAGACAAAGUUGGUUUAGUUCAGUCUCAAAAAUUAGCAGAGGGGUCUAACAUAAACAAAAAUCUUGACUCAUUAAUCGCCAGUGAGAUGGAAAAGGCAAUGGAAGAGACUCGGUCCAGAAGCUCUAGUACUCAAAGUACCACCUCCUCAGGGUCAAGUGUGGCUUCUGUGACAAGAGAUACUGAAAGUCUGGGGUCGGUGAGAGUAAAACGGCCUCCACCACCUAGCCAAAUGUCCUCCAACCAGUUCCGACACUCUGUAAACUUUCCUGUGACCUUUGACUCCUCAGACAUGCCCCAGUCCCGGAUCAGCAGGCAGAAGAGUGUAGUCACAUCUCCAAGUAACCAGAUCAGUGUUGGAAACUCCACCUUCUUUACUGAUAUCCUCGUCCCGGAGCGUAAAAUCCCAGCCCAGAGGAAGCCACCUCCAACUCCACAAAGGGUGCAGUCUGUUGAUAUACUUGACCGGAAAUUGUCUUUGAAAAAGCCACCUCCACCCCGCCCAACUGUGCCCUGGGGUAAUGCACCGGAUGUACAUGCCUCUCAGAGGAUGUCUAGUAAGGCUGUACAUGUACCUCACAGAUCUGCGCCCCGCCCUCCAAAAAAUGUGCGUGUUCCAUCCCGCCCUGCUCCACCCACCCCAUCACAGGUGUGUCCUCCUCCUCCUCCGAAGCGACCGCCUCCACGGAGACCCUUAUCAGAGGAGGCCAUCGACAAAUAUGAAGCCAAUGCUGAGGUGAUACGAGACUUGCGUAACAGGAUACAGGAAUUGGAAAAUGACUUGGAGAAUUGUCGUAGGUGUAAGAGCGAGUUGGAGGUGAUGCUAACUAACAGUCGAGAAGAGGAUCGUGCGGAGGUGUACGACAAUGUGGAAUUUUAUGACGAAAACAUCAAAGGUCUGACAGAUGAAUUACAAAACCUGAGAGAAACUCUACAGAAACUCUCUCCAGAAGAAGUGGAUGCUGUGGAACAACAGAUUGCCGAAGAGAAACAGAGACUAGAAGAGGAAAAACAACGUAUUGAAGAUAAGAAAAAACAUGAAGAAAUGAUGCAGAAAAGAAAGGAAAAGAGAUCAAAAGUGAUUGAGGAGUUGGUACAGACAGAAAAAGACUUCCUGCAGAGUCUUCACUUGUGUAUGGAGACUUUCCUUGGUCCUCUGUCAGACAAGCACCCUGAUGUGGAUAUUGAGCUGGUGCUUGGGAACAUGGAGGAGAUCGCUGAGGUGUCGCAGAAGUUACUAACGUUGAUGGAGGAGGCAGUUGGAGCUAGAGAGUUCGAGGAUAAGAUAAUAGGCCCGUGUUUUGUGUCGCUGGCAGAAGAUAUGAAGAAUGUUUACGCACCGUACUGUCGUAACCAUGAUGAUGUUAUAACAGUCCUGGAAAAGUACCAUACCAACGCUUCCAUCAACGAGUACUUUGAAAGAAUGCUGGACAUAAUGCGAGAGCAGACAGUUGUGUUUGAUGUAGAGGCGCUCCUCAUAAAACCAGUACAACGCAUACUCAAGUAUCCCCUCCUACUCAAUGAGCUCAUCAAGACUACUGAAGAGAAUCACAAAGACAAGUUAGAACUUCUCAAUGCCAUCAACAGCAUGACCAAUGUGGCAACGGCUAUCAACGAGUACAAACGUAGGAAAGACCUAGUUUACAAGUACAAGAAGAUAACUGAUGAAAGUCUCGGGGACAAACUGGCAAAACUCAGUCUCCACUCACUGAAGAAAAAGGGCAGUCGCUUCAAGGGUCGAUUGUCAACAUCUAUAGGGCUGUCCCCACAGACAAAAGAUGAAGCUUUUGACAGAGAAGAGAGCCGUUUCAGGUUGUUAGAGAAAAUUGUGAGGGUUUUUGUUCGAGACAUACAGGUGUAUAUGGAGCAAGUUCAGGAGUCUGUUCGUUGCCAUGAAAGUAUGGUGGUAGAUGUGGAGGAUUUCUAUGAGGAUGUUCCGAAUCUUGCCAUGAUAGAGAAAUACAAACAAGUACACAGCCUUAUUGAUUGCCAGUUCCUGCCUGCAUUUGUGAAAUGUGUGACGGACCAGGUUAUCUCCCCUUUGGAGCGCCUAGUUCAGUUUUUCAUCGCUCCAAACAAGGUGAUACAGAAAAGGUACGACAAACUGCUGGACUACGACUCGAUGUUACGCAAGUCCAAGGAUGACAAGACACUUGAGAAGGCUCUAGAGAUGACAAAAAAGAAUUACGAGGCCAUGAACGCCCAGUUACUGGAUGAACUUCCUUGCCUAUACAGCUUGGCACUGAGCCUUCUCCAAGACUGCGUCGCAGCCUUCGUCAGCGCUCAGCAGGUGUACACUGAUGGCGUACUGCACCAGAUGUCAGAAGUGCUGGAUUUGUCGUCCCUGCUGUGUACAGAGAACAGUGUGAUGGACGUGUUUACCCACAAACAUGUUUCGGUGGUGGACAAAAUGUCACAACUUUCCUUCAUUCCCAAGGGUUUCAACCCACGCAUGGAGCUUAUCAAACAGGACAAAAAGGCUAAGCGUCAGUCGAUGGACGUCACAGACAAGGAAUGUGGUGAUCAGUCAGACAGUCAGCGUAUGUAUGUGACCCAGAAAUAUCCUGCUGACAAACUGUACAUCGUGGAUGAGAAAUACACCCCUACAGACAUGAUGGACAUCUCCCUCCAGGCGGGGGCGCUAGUAGGCAUUGUCAUGGAGAAGGACCCGAUGGGCAACAAGGAUCGCUGGUUUGUGGACAAUGGAGCAACCAAAGGUUUUGUUCCGAGGAAUAUUCUGAAAACCUACCAAUCCAACCCAUCUUCUCUAACACCAGGACUGCAAUCUUACUCUCCUCCCUCUCUUGUAAUAUCCACGGUGAGUGGAGCUGUUCUAGAGCCAGACAGAGCGGACACAAGGCUAGCGACAGCCAUUGAACAGGAGGAUGAGUUUGACUUCGCAUUGGAGGAAGAUAUGAGUCCAGAAAUCACAGAGGAGAUUCAAGUUGCGAACACGAGUGGUUCAGAGGAGUUUUAUUUUGCGGAGUAUGGCUUUGAUGCCCGGACUGUUACAGAGGUGUCCUUGUUCGAGGGCCAGGUGGUGACAGUGCUAGCCAAACAUGAUCAGGAGGGUAAUACAGAAUGGUGGUAUGUCGACGCCGACGGACUCAAGGGCUAUACGCCAUCAAUCUACCUCAAACCCAUGAGCUGACCCCAGCUUAUUGGGGUCAAUCGGACAAUCACCUUCAGAGAUUAGAACUGGACAUACUCAUUGUGUGUCCGACUGGAGUACUGGACAUACUCAUUGUGUGACCGACUGUAGUACUGGACAUACUCAUUGUUUGUCCGACUGGAGUACUGGACAUACUCAUUGUGUGACCGACUGUAGUACUGGACAUACUCAUUGUGUGUCCGACUGGAGUACUGGACAUACUCAUUGUGUGUCCGACUGGAGUACUGGACAUACUCAUUGUGUGUCCCACUGGAGUACUGGACAUACUCAUUGUGUGUCCCACUGGAGUACUGGACAUACUCAUUGUGUCCGACUGGAGUACUAGACAUACUCAUUGUGUGUCCCACUGGAGUACUGGACAUACUCAUUGUGUGUCCGACUGGAGUUUGAAAGGAGACAUAGGGGUUUAUUAAUAAUAUUGUUCCUAAUAGAACACAAACUGCAGACCAAACAAAUUAACUCAAGCCAAUUUGUUUUUCCUUCAUCAGUCUGUCCAUCUCAUUGCUUCUCCCACUUUUGUUUCCUGAGAUUAGUUAGUUAUGCCAGUAGAUAAUGAGAUGAUUGGUUUUGAAAUAAUGUGUUGCAGAUUUAAGUUAUGGCCCUUAGAACUUACGGGCCGGUAGGAAACAUGCAUUACCUCAG